AUGGCUCCAGCAAUUUUGAACUAUUUCGGCUUCGGGGCUGCCGAGCCUGUGGCAGAGGAGAAGUCCCCGGUCCGGGCUCUACCCGCAAACUGGUAUACGUCGAAGGAGAUGUAUGAGCUUGAGAAGCGUGCCAUAUUCUCAAGAAGAUGGAUGUUCGUCACUCACAAAGUCAGACUCAGUCAGCCAGGCGAAUGGCUGAAGUAUGAUGUUGCUGGGUUUCAAUUUGUGCUGUGCUGCGAUCGUGAUGGCAACAUCAAUGGAUUCCACAACAUCUGCAGGCACCGAGCCUUCCCAGUGGUGACAGAAGACCAGGGUACAUCACGAAUAUUCUCUUGCAAGUAUCACGGUUGGUCAUAUGGGCUGAAUGGCAAGCUGGCAAAAGCACCCGGAUAUCAAGAGCUACAGGGUUUCGAUAAAGACAAGAAUGGUCUUCUACCGAUACACGUUCAUAUCGACCACAACGGCUUUAUUUGGGUCAAUUUGGACGCCAAGGAGAAGCCAGAAGUAAGCUGGGAGGACGACUUCGAUAAUGUCGACACGCAGCCUAGAUUACAGCAGUUCAACUUUGACGAUUACGUAUACGACCACUCCUGGAAUAUGGAUGGAGACUGGAACUGGAAGAUCUUAUCUGACAACUAUAACGAAUGCUAUCACUGCCCAACUUCACACCCCGACAUAGUUGCCCUAGCGGACCUUCAAUCAUACAAGGUCACUACGAAAGACUCGUAUAUUGUUCACGAUACGGCCACUACUGCUGAACAGCGAAGUAGCGGCCUCACCGUCUGCCCUACAUACUUCUUUCCAAACGCCUCUAUGAAUGUCUCUCCCAACUUCUUUUUCAUCCAGAGAUUCGUGCCGUAUGCACCUGGCCGUUCGUCUAUGCGUUAUGAAGUUUUCCGAAACAAGAAUGCAAGUGAGGAGGAUUUCGACAAGAUCAACCAAAUGUACAAGCGAAUCAUGACGGAGGACAAAUAUCUAUGCGAGCAGGCACAAAAGAACAUCAAUGCAGGUAUAUUCGUCAACGGAGAGAUGCACCCUCGCAUGGAAAAGGGUCCUCUAUUCUUCCAGAAAAAUGUUCGAGACGCGGUAGUUGCACACUACGAGCGUGAACAGAAGGCAAAGCAAGAGAUAUGGCCUGCUCGUCAAGUGCUGCCAACAACAGCAGGCGUGAGCAAGAAGGACUUCGAUUUCUGCUCGGGCCUCGCCUGUCAGAUGAACCAGGAAGGUUUAGUCUGGUGA